CUUGUCCAUUGCUGCCUCCUCCCUCCGCAGGAUGUCUGAUAUCCCUGCCCUCCUCAUCUCCUCUCUCAACCCUGCAACACGCAAGCAGGCUGAACAGAGUCUGCAAGCCCUCAGCGUCCAGCAAGGCUUUCUCUCCGCUCUACUUCGUAUUGUCCUCGAACCAUCGCAGGAUCGCUCGGUCAGGCUCGCCGGCAGUGUGUACCUCAAAAAUGUCGUAAAGACUAGAUGGGACGAUGAAGAACAACCCGUUCCGGACGCAGACAAGGCUGCUCUGCGGAAUGAACUCAUCCCUGCGAUGAUCGCGCUGUCCAACGCGUCUGACAAGGCUAUGCGAGCACAGGUGGUCGAGUCUGUGUCCCUCAUCGCAAAGGAGGACUUUCCGGAGAGGUGGCCUGAUCUGGUCGAUAUACUGGUGUCCUCGCUAUCCCCGACAAAUUACGACAUCAACAUUGGCGUGCUCGAAACGGCACACUCCAUCUUCCGACCGUGGCGUGCCGCAACACGCAACAAUGACCUCUUCACUAUCAUCAACUAUGUCCUCUCUCGCUUCGCGAAACCUUUCCUUGAAUUGCUUCUCCACACCACUACCUUACUCUUCACUACACCAUCUCCCCCCAACCUCGCCACGAUCGCACAAUCACAAGUAACACUCGUAGACAUCUUCUACGAUCUCACGUGCCAGGAUCUCCCUCCAGACUUUGAAGAUACUCAUGAAAAGUUCUUCUCAUCUCCUGAUGGCUUGUUCUUGCAACUUUUGCUUUGGGAUCCACCGCAGUUGCGAGGCGAGGAUGACGACACAACUCCCUCCCUCCCGUCGCAGAUCAAGACAGGUGUUCUGGAAAUCGCAGAGCUUCAUAUCAAGCUGUACUCGGAGGUCAUGUCCGGCUCGAAUGCCGUUCCUGCAUUCGUCUCCUCGAUUUGGAACAUGAUCAGUGGUGGGAAGCGACAAAGCGUCGGGGACGACGGUCUCGUCUCGCAAUCCCUGCGCUUCAUCUCCACAGCGAUCCGCAUCGGCCACUACAAGGAACUCUUUGGCUCGCGGGAGAUCAUCACGAACCUCGUGCAGGGCAUCGUCAUCCCCAACGUCGGGCUUCGGGAGCACGAGAUCGAGCAGUUCGAGGACGACCCGCUCGAGUACAUCCGGCUUGACCUCGCCGUACCGUCCCUCGGCGGAGCGGGCAUGAGCACGGACACCCUCACGCGCCGCCAGGCGGCUGCAGAGGUCCUCCGUGCUCUUGUGUCGUCGGGGUAUGAGAGUGAGACGACAGAAAUAGCAGGGUCAUGGAUCGGGCAGGGGCUCCAGGAGUAUACAGCGAAUCCCGCGGAGAACUGGCGCGCGAAGGACACGGCGAUUUAUGUCAUGACGGCAGUGGCGACGCGGGGCAGCACAACACAGCAUGGUGUCACGUCGACGAACACACUCGUGGAUGUCGUCCAGUUCUUCUCGGACCACGUCUUUCAGGACCUGCAGGCUGAGUCGGGUUCGGCGCAUCCGAUCCUCCAAGUUGAUGCUAUCCGCUUCCUGCACACCUUCCGGCAUCAGCUUGUCAAGCCACAGCUACUCUCAGUCCUCCCGCUGCUCUUGCGUCACCUCGGCUCAGACAACUAUGUCUGCUACACGUACGCCGCGAUCAGCGUCGAGCGGAUACUCUUCAUCAAGCAGGGGACACAGUUGAUGUUCACUCAGGCAGACAUCCACGAACUGGCGCCACAUCUUCUCGAUGCGUUGCUGAAGAAAAUGGAGUCUGCGGGCACACCAGAGAAGGUUGCUGAGAACGACUACCUCAUGAAGUGCGCGAUGCGAGUCAUCAUCACCGCCCGGUCGACCUUCACAACGGGCUACGAGCGCUUCCUGCAGAGACUGGUCAACAUCCUCGGUGCGAUCUCGAAGAACCCGAGCAACCCUCUCUUCGACCAGUUCAUCUUUGAGAGUAUCUCUGCGCUCAUGAGAUUCGUUGUUGCUGCCAACCCGUCGACACUGCCGACUUUCGAGCAAGCGCUCUUCGGUCCUUUCACGAUCAUCCUCCAGCAAGAUAUUGACCAGUACAUCCCUUACGUCUUCCAGGUGCUCGCACAGAUGCUCGAGUUCCACACUGGCGAUGUGCCAGCAGAGUACCGCAGUCUUCUUCCGUUUCUCCUCACUCCCGCCGCGUGGCAACAAAAGGGCAGCAUUCCGGGCUUGGUCAAGCUGCUCAAGGCAUUCCUCUCUCGAGAUGCGAAGCAGAUGGUCGCAACCGGCCAGUUCACGGCAGUCUUGGCAGUCAUCCAGCAGCGCCUCAUCCCGUCGAAGCUCAAUGACGUGUGGGGCUUUGAGCUCCUGCAAUCGGUGGUACAGUACAUCCCACCAUCGGAUCUCAAACAGUACUUCCGCGCUCUGAUGGUGACGCUGCUCACGCGGAUGCAGACCAGCAAGACAGACAAAUACGUCUACCUCUUUGUCUACUUCCUCGCGUUCACGAUAGCCAUUCCUGUUGAGGGUCUGGGACCUGACUAUGUGAUCAGCUCAGUGGAAGAAAUUCAGCCUCAGCUGUGGUCGCAGAUCGUCGGGAACUUCGUGGUACCACAAGCGCCGAAAAUGCCCCCGAAGGAACGCAAGGUCGUUGUCGUCGGCUUGACGAAGCUACUUACACAAAGCGCGCUGAUGCUCCAGGAGCCUUCAGUACAGGCAUGGCCGGCGACGUUCACCUCAUUGGCGAAGCUUUUCCAGGAGCCGCAGUUCCUAACUAAGAAGGAUGAGGAGGACCCCGAUGCCGGUAUCACUGCAAUCGACUACGAGGAGCAAACGGCGGGAUACCAGGCCGCCUACUCGCGACUAGCAGCAUCUGAGACGGUCGCCGUCGAUCCUGUCGCGCAUGUCCGGGAUCCUCGGGAGCACCUCGGACAGGAGCUCGCGAAGCUCUCGCAGAGGGACCCAAGGUCGCUGGCAGCUGCGGGGCACAACAUAAGCUGAACGAACGUUAAUGGGUUUCUGACCAGUCCAUCACGCAACGUAGACACCAUGCAUAUGCACUCAACACUUACGGUAGGUAGGAAGGAAAUCGAGCAUAGUCAAGAAUACAACAUGCAUUGUACAUCAUUACCAUUCACAAACACAUCUACGUUCAGAACA